AUGAUGAAGAACCUUCAUGUGCUUCUCUUGCUGAGCAGCAUCACACAGCUAGCAAUCGGCUUUCAGUUUAUGAAAAAUUGGAAGAUGCCAUCACGAAAUUUGGAUAAAAAGAUGGUCCAAAAACGAUUCGGUGACAAGAAACUAAUUGUCUUGACGGAUGCGGAUUCCGAUCUCGGAAAACAAACGACAAGAGACUUGCUGGCAACGGGCGAAUAUCACGUUAUCGGAGGUGUCUCCAGUAUUGAAUCUUCAACUGCGGAACAAAGUUUCGAAGACUUUACUCCCAUGGAAUGUGAUUUGGAUUCCUUUGAUUCGGUCCGCAACUUUUGUUCGUUCAUUGAGGACUUUCGCUUGACCAAGCCAGUCGAUCGUCUGGUAUGCCUAUCUGCAGCUGAGAGCGACAAACUACAGUGGACCAAGGACAAUCACGAACAAACCAUUCAACGAAAUGUACUUUCGCCAUUCCUAAUGACAGGUCUAUUGCUGGAGGGCAUGGACGGGAGUUUUGAUGCCCGGUGUACCUUUGUUUCACCCAAGAGCAAUUCAAAUGUUGGCAUUAGCACCAAGCUCGAGUUGAAAGGUUUAAAAGAUGGAUUCUUCAAGAUACCAAUGUUGGAUGGGAGCCAAGACUUUAAUUCGGAAAAGACCAUUUCGGAUGCCAAGCUUUGCCAAAAGUUGCUCAAGACCUAUUUGCAUGAGAAGUAUCACAAGCUGAAUCACGUAACCUUCAGUGACAUUACUCUGCCAGCUAGCAGCAAUGAUGCUAGCAAGUGUCUCUUUGAUGUGAUGCAGAGUCCAAAGGCAAGCACGUCCGCAUCAGGUGAAUCUUGGAUGGCAAAAGAGGAAACCGAUGGUGAUACCAUCUCCAUCCAACUGGACAAGAAUCCAAUUUACAACAAGGCUAUUGAUAUUGACAAGGCACAUGAACUCUUUGAACUUGCCGAACAAGCCACAGGAGCCUAUUGGCCAAAAGUCAAGGUGGUCACAAGCCCAUGCCCAACACUCAAGGUCGUGGGUGCUGUCACCAAGGCUCAAGUGCAAAAGCAAGAACUCAAGCGUAUGCGGGAAAUGGGCCGUCCAGGCAUCUCUGAACCAGAAGUGGAGGUGGCCGGUGAUACGGCAAGUGGCAGCAAGAAAUCAAGAAUGACCAAGCGCCAAAAGGUUGCCAAUGCUGUGGACAAGGUGGCUACCUUUGUCUUUUCCAAAACCGUCAAACCAGUCGCCAAGACUGCAACUUCCAAGCUUUUAGGAGAAUUCCCUGACGAAGCCUUGAAUAAUUACAUUGAAAAGGUUCCCGAGGAGGAUGUUGCUGAGUUGGAAAAAGAGAUGUUCCGACAAAUGUCGAAAGAGGCCUCUCAGAAGAAAUUGCAGACCGACAAGAAACUGGUGGUGUUGACAGGAACUUCCUCUGGGCUUGGAAAGAAGGCUGCUUUGGCAAUGCUUCGAUCUGGUGAAUACCAUGUCAUUGGCGCCGUGCGAGACUUGGACAAGAUGCAGGCCGUGGCCGAAAUUGAUGGCUUUCCCAAGGACAGCUUCACUCCCAUGUACUGCGAGAUGAAUUCAUUCGAGUCGGUCCGCGAAUUUUGUGACAAUGUCGACAAGUUCCGCGGAGAUCACCCUAUUGAUCGUCUCGUCUGUAAUACUGGUAUCUACCAGCCUUCCCUCCGUCACGCCAAAUGGAGCAUGGAUGGUCACGAACAAACCAUGCAGACCAACUUCCUGUCGCACUUUCUCAUGAUCUCCAAGCUCAUGCCAUCCAUGGUCAAGUCCGACGAUCCUCGAAUUACCAUGGUCGGUUCCGUUACUGGAAACGACAAUACUGUUGGUGGUGGUGGUGUUUAUCCCAUUGCUGAUCUUCACGAUUUGGAGGGACUUGAAGCUGGAUUUGCCAAUCCCAUUGCUAUGGCUGACGGGUAUGGUUUCAUUGGAGCAAAGGCCUACAAGGAUUCCAAACUGUGCUUGAUGAUUCUAGCCAACUUUUUGCAUGCCAAGUAUCACAAGUCUACGGGCAUUGCCUUUAGCAGCAUGUACCCUGGAUGUAUUGCCGAGUCUCCUCUCUUUCGUGAAAAGAGAGCCUGGUUCCGCGCUUACUUUCCUAUCUUUAUGAAGUUCAUCACUGGUGGAUUUGUGGGAGAACACGAAGCUGGCCAACGCCUCUUUCAAGUCGUUCACGAUCCUCGAUGUGCUGGAGAAAAGUCUGGAGUCUAUUGGUCUUGGAAUGGUGGUCCACGUGAAGGUCGUGGUGCCGAGGCAUUGGAAAAGGAAGGUCAAAUCUCGGGCGGAGGUGGUGCCGGUGGUGGCUGGGAUUCCAUCUUUGAAAACGAUCAAUCCGGAAAAGUUCUAAGCUUGGAAACUGGUUUCAAGCUGUUCGAGCACGCCACAGCCAUUACUGGAGCCGAAUGGCCAUCUCCAGCGUCUAACGUUUGGUCUGGAGAAGCAUCUUCUAUGGAAGAGAUGGUGCAAAAGAAGCGCGAGGAAGUGGCGGAUGUCAUGCAUGCGCUCAACUUGCAAUCAGACAGCACUACUCCACAACGAUUAGCCGAAACGAUAUGA